GGGCUCCGCGCGGCGCGCACCCGAGGGGGGGGUCGGGCGGGGAAGUGGCGCCGGCCCGGACCCCCCGCGGGAGCCGGCGGCAGACGUGAGGGCGAGGCGGCGGCCGCGGCCCCAGAGCUGCAGCGUCGGGGCAGUGCCUUUUAGCCUUUCCAAGAUUUUCACCCUGAUUUGUGUGUCAGACUGGAGAAGGAAUUUUAGUUGAAGUUUCACCAAUUGAAAAAUUGGAGAUUUCCAGGCUACUGAAAAGAAGGUGCUUUCAGAGAUGGAGAUGUGAAUAAAAUUCAUGUGCCAGGGUUCAUAAAACAUCUUCUAAGAGUAUUGCCAGGAUACUGGAUUGCGUUUACUCAUCAUGUUUCCUUAGGCUCUUCUUGACUGGGAUAGUGUCUCAGAUUUGCGUUGUUUUGAUGACCUUGUCAAAUUUGAGGAAAACUUAUCAGAAAAUGACUGCAGUAUUGGAAGAUCACUACUAUUGGAAGGCUGGUUAGCGUUCAUUUCCUCAGAGAAACUUGACCACCAUUUGUUCUGGCAUGGCGCAGAGCGGUCCACAGCUUGAUAUUCAGGUUCUCCAUGACCUCCGACAACGUUUCCCUGAGAUUCCAGAGGGUGUGGUGUCUCAGUGCAUGUUACAGAAUAACAACAAUCUUGAAGCCUGUUGCCGAGCCCUUUCCCAGGAAAGCAGUAAAUAUUUAUAUAUGGAAUACCAUAGUCCGGAUGACAACAGGAUGAAUAGAAAUCGCCUUUUGCAUAUUAACCUGGGUAUCCAUUCCCCUGGGAGCUACCAUCCAGGAGAUGGAGCACAGCUUAAUGGUGGCCGAACACUGGUACAUAGCUCAAGUGAUGGACAUAUUGAUCCACAGCAUGCAGCAGGUAAACAGCUGAUAUGUUUAGUUCAGGAACCACAUUCAGCACCAGCUGUGGUGGCUGCUACUCCCAAUUACAAUCCAUUUUUUAUGAAUGAACAGAACAGAAGUGCAGCUACUCCUCCUUCACAGCCACCUCAACAGCCAUCUUCCAUGCAAACAGGAAUGAAUCCAUCUGCUAUGCAAGGGCCUUCACCGCCGCCGCCUCCUUCAUACAUGCACAUACCUCGGUAUAGUACAAAUCCAAUUACUGUUACAGUAUCCCAAAACCUCCCUUCUGGACACACUGUACCAAGAGCUUUACAAAUUCUUCCACAAAUUCCAAGCAAUCUCUAUGGGUCUCCUGGUUCUAUUUAUAUUAGACAGACAUCUCAGAGCUCAUCAGGAAGACAAACGCCUCAAAGUAUGCCAUGGCAGUCCUCACCACAGGGCCCAGUGCCUCAUUAUAACCAACGUCCUUUACCUGUUUAUUCACAUCAACCGAACUAUCAGCCUUCUCAGUAUUCUCCCAAACAGCAACAGAUCCCUCAACCCACCUACCAUUCACCACCUCCUUCUCAGUGUCCUUCGCCCUUCAGCUCUCCACAACAUCAGGUGCAACCUUCCCCAUUGGGCCACCCAACUUCCCACAUCUUUAUGCCACCAAGUCCUUCAACUACCCCACCCCACCUAUAUCAACAAGGACCUCCUAGCUAUCAGAAACAGGGAAGUCAUUCAGUAGCCUAUCUUCCAUAUGCAACCCCUGGCUUAUCCAAAGGAUCCAUGAAGAAGAUAGAAAUUACAGUUGAGCCCUCUCAAAGACCUGGGACAGCAAUUAAUAGGAGUCCUUCACCUAUCAGUAAUCAGCCGUCUCCUCGGAAUCAACACUCAAUGUACACAGCUACCACACCACCUUCAAGUUCUCCUUCACGAGGAAUAUCAGGUCAACCCAAACCUCCAUUUAGUGUUAAUCCUGUGUAUAUUACAUAUACACAACCAACUGGACCUUCAUGUGCUCCAUCACCAUCUCCACGGGUGAUACCAAACCCAACUACAGUUUUUAAAAUUACUGUCGGCCGAGCAGUGACUGAAAAUCUUUUAAAUUUAGUGGACCAAGAAGAUCAGUCUGCAGCCCCAGAACCUAUUCAACCCAUUUCAGUAGUACCAGGCUCUGGGGGUGAAAAGGGGAGCCAUAAAUAUCAAAGGAGUUCUAGUUCUGGAUCCGAUGACUAUGCCUAUACCCAAGCCUUGCUGUUACAUCAACGAGCAAGGAUGGAGAGGUUAGCAAAGCAGUUGAAACUUGAGAAAGAGGAGCUAGACCGAUUGAAGGCUGAAGUUAAUGGUAUGGAGCAUGACCUGAUGCAGAGACGGCUCAGGAGGGUCAGCUGCACCACUGCAAUUCCAACGCCUGAGGAAAUGACAAGAUUGAGAAGCAUGAACAGACAACUCCAGAUAAAUGUUGACUGUACACUGAAAGAAGUUGACCUCCUUCAAUCUAGAGUGCCAAGGAUUGAACCCAGGACUUCACACAUUCAAGGAAACUUUGACCCAAAAGCCAUGAAUAAUUUUUAUGACAACAUAGAACCUGGCCCAGUUGUGCCACCCAAGCCAUCUAAAAAAGACUCGUCAGACCCCUGCACAGUUGAGAGGAAAGCCCGAAGAAUUAGUGUGACCUCCAAAGUACAGGCAGAUGUCCAUGACACCCAGGCAACUGCUGCAGAUGAGCAGCUAGCCACACUGAGUCUUCGGACACAGCCUCGAGAUGAAGACUACGAAGGUGCUCCAUGGAACUGUGAUAGCUGCACCUUUCUGAACCAUCCAGCACUCAAUCGCUGUGAGCAGUGCGAGAUGCCCCGCUACACUUGAACUCCAAAGAGCCCCUACCAGUUGGAGACUGAAACUUUUGAACACACUAGAAGAAAAGGAAACCUCGGGAAUUGCUUCGUCUGGUUUGUCUGCACAGCCUUUUCAUUUCAGACUAUGGGGUAGGGAGGGGGGGGGAGAAAUGACACUGUAGCGCUUGUGCUCACUCAAGGGAAAACAGGAGUGUUUUUCCCUUAACUCAUUGCAGAGAGAGAAAGAGAAAGGGAUACUUGAAACGAUUCACUCCUGAAAGAAUGUACAUGGUGAAGUGAAAAGCUCUUCUCUGGAAUCCCAGUUGUUAAAUUUACUGCUGAGUGGCCCUUAGUUUUUAAACUAGAACUUUGAUUCAUGGUGUAAAAUGUUACAGUUUAUGCAGGCAAACUGUGAAUUUCCAGAGCUGACUUACUUGGUCACAAAUCUCUGGGAAACCAAGGCUCCCCAGGCUUAUUCCAUUUGCUUCCUCCUGAAGAGAAAGACAGGAAAAAGCUCCAGGAAUGAUUUUCUUUGGGUAGAGUAAGGGUAUUUGUAAUCGCUGCUUAUUUCAGGGGUAAUUUCAAACACACAAGCAAGAUGUUUUAAAAUGUGAUUUUUAGGAGUCAGGAAUAGGGAAGAUUUGCCCUUUGUUUGAAAUACAAUCAGGUGAUUAAUCACUGGUAACUAAGACCCAAUGAUGCCACUGAAUAUUUAUAUUUAAGUUGCUGCAUGCCCUCAUCAGGCUAUUGAAUUUGGAAGAUAAGUUCUUGCAAAGUAUGAUUUUUAUAAAUAAUACUCUUGUUUGAAAAAAAAAUCUGCUUUGCCAAUAGCAGCAUAGUGAAUGAAUGCCAAAAGUAAAUUCAUUCCAAAAUCCGUGUGGAAAUACUGAGUUCUGCUGUGGUUCUAUAAGAAAUGUUUGUAGUCCCUGGGACCUUUUCUUUUUUCUUCUAAUUUCAUGAUGAAUCGAUGAUGUUUACAGCACAGAUAAUACUUGUGCCAUAUCCUAGCUAAAAAUUUUUAACUGUUCAGUGAUGAUUUAUUUGCACAUUUGUUAAUAAACCAGUGUGAGGGAAAUUACAGUUGGCCAAUAUCAUAACGUUGCACACUGCAUUCAUUUGGGAGGCAGAGGAGGCUAGCCAAGAACUAUUAGGAGAGAUGAAUACAAGGGACUUUGAAACUAUGAACUUUUUUAAGUUAACAUCCUGUGUUCAGAGAUAAUAUUGAGUUAGUUCAGAUAGCUGGGGUGAUAUUAAAGCACUCCUUAUUUAUAACAGAAAUUCAGGGUGUGGGUAACUGAAGACAGAAAAUUCUGUGACUCGCUAGGGUGCACCACUGGAAAAUUUUAAUAGCACAUUUAAUUAAGGCUUCUACCAUGAUGGAAUGUCCUUUAUAACUCAUAAUUGGUCUGGGAAUCUUUUCUUUUAGGUGACUAUAAACAGCAAUAAACUCAAUAGGUUCUCCAGUCCUAAAGGAUUUUACCUGAGGUUAUAACCUUAGGAACAUACACUCUCCCAUACCAGGUAUGCCCUCCACCCAUACCUUCAAGCUGACAUUGUGUUCUAAUUCAGCAGUAAUUAUUGGCAAACCUGGAAAAACAAGCUGCACUUAACAUCAUAAUGAAACCAAAGGCAUAACAACUCAUCAUCGUUUUCCAUCAAAAUCAUAAUUUCACCCUCGUUACAUACAACUAUUUCACCCUUGUUACAUAAAACUUUGAAAACAUUUUUCCAUCAUGUGGAAAAUUCCCUAAGAUAAAUCCACUUGUCUCAGAGUAAGUGUGACUGUGCAAUAAUUAUACUGAUAAAACAUCUCUCAUACAACAACUCUGGUAAAACUGAAAAUGGUGAGAAAGGAUGAUAAGAUUAAAAGCAUUGGCAUGAGGACAGUGUUCUUCAAAGGCAUUGUAAAACUGGUGUCUCAAUCUCUUACAACAAUCUGUUGGUCCUGCUGUUCUGUAAUAUGCCAAUGCCUUUGUAUGGUUUCAUAUCUUUAGUGAUGGACAACCCCACUGGGUAUUAAGUAACAAUUUAAGGGAGAACUUAUAUACUGUUUGGUGUUCUAGCUAAAGGUUUACCAGUAUUUUAAUGGUAUGCUGAGGUGGCAGCAAUUAACUUGGCAGUUGUCAGGUUAAGACUGAAAGUAGCAUGUAUGAAAACAGUUUGAAGUUUAUUAAAACCAUGUAGAUGACUUAAACUAUUGCAUGAACAUACCUCCAGGUAACUAAGCUGUAAUACAGUAGAUGCAUGGUUCCAGUCCUUUGGGGAUAUAUCUAGUAAAACAUUGUUUUCACCUGCCAGGAAAAAAUGAGAAACCAGUCUACUUGACUGAUGGGUGUAGAGGGUGGGGUAUGAGACAUCAGAGAUUGAUUUUAAGGACGUUUAGUGUGUGUUCAUUUUUGGUCGUGCACAAGAUUCAUAAGCCCGUAUAGGCUGUACUAGUUCUGAAAUUUUAUUGUGCCCAUGUGUAGACUACUUGUAAUUGAUCAGUUUGAACAUGAAUGCAGUCAACAUUCAAGGUGCCUUUCCAAAAGGAUCUCCUAGGCGGAUUGAUAUGCACAGACAAUUGACAUCAGUGGUAGAAUAUAAAGGAGAUGUUACCUACCUGUUGAGGUCCCUAUGCUCUUUGGAUUAGUUGGUGCACUUAUUGUUUCUAGUAAAACAUUUCUUAUAGACCUGACUGUGUAUUUUACAUUAUUUCACUGUUUUGUAAACUGGGUUUUUUGAAAGCACAUUUGCCAUUUUGUUAAAAUGCAAUACCCCUUAAUUUUGGGAGUUGGUCUUAAUAGUUUAAAGUGGUUAUAAAGGAGCCAGAAACUUUUUAAGUAUUGUAAAAUGUUUUGAAUUGCUAAUGACCUUGUUUGGUAGAACUUAGAGACAGUGGUUUGAAAGAAAAGCAUUGUAAAAAAGUUGUUUUAGAGCAGAUCAAUGAUGGGUGGAGAAAGUGCUGUUUAAUUUGUUUUUUUUCCCUGGAAGAAAUGGGAAGAGUGGUGAGUGAUAAGCAGUUUAAUAAUUUUUAAGGAGCUGGUCUCAGUUUAAGUACUUUUUAAUUAUGAAAAGAAAUCAAUGUUUCCUUAAAUUUUGUCAUUGCUUUGUCACAGGGUUAUCUAGGGUUCCUAUCCAACUUUUGUGGCAACUCAAUUUUAUAUAGUAUUUUAAAAGGUAAUUGUAAUGUCUUGACAGUAUAAACAAAAAGAACCUAAGGCAUAGAAAAUUGUCCUUUAAAAAUACCAAUGAUGUAUCCUGGAAUGUGAAAACGUCCCUUUGUAGUUAAAAUUGAUUUAUUUUUAAUAUUGUAAUCCUUGUUCAGACUGAAUGAGUUCAUGUUAUAGUAUGUCUGUAUAUCUGUAAAGAAACAGCAGUUGAAAUGUUACUUUAUAAAAUCAGAAUAACUCAGGCACUGUGUGUUGCACCACUACUGUAUCUUUUCAAAAGAAUUAACAGUAUUUUAUUAUAAAAGUUAAUUCUGAUGAUGUUUUCACGUUCACCAGACAUGCAUUGUUUUCUGUAUUAUUUGCAUCCCCCAAAUAUUUAAUACAAGUAGAUUUUGCAUGGCUUGGGCACUCAGAGAUUAAUAGAAUGACGACUCAAUUUUAAUGUCUAAAGCCAUGAAAAGUUGCUUUGAGACUGAACAAUUCUGAACUCUUAUUUAUGACACCCAAUAUUCAUGUUUCCCUACUGUAAAAGAAUUGAUCAGUUUCUUCAUUAAAACAGCAAAAACUUAUUAAAUCUUGUAAAUACCAUGUCUCUUAGAUUUCUGUGUAUGCUGUGAAUCAAAUUAUUUGAGAUGAAAUUGUACAAAGGCAUAUAGAAGGCUGUGCAUGCAUCGUACCUCCAAACAGUACAUAUUCGGAAAUUCAAAGAUUUCUGCAAAAUAAAUAAACUAAA